AUGGGCAAACUCACGUCAACCAUCGGCAUCCCGAUCAAGCUGCUCAACGAGGCGCAGGGACAUGUCGUCACCUUGGAACUCACCUCUGGCCAGGUAUACCGCGGCAAACUUCUUGAAGCCGAGGACAACAUGAACGUCCAACUCAAAGAUAUCACAGCUACGGCUCGAGACGGCCGUGUAUCGCAUCUGGAUCAAGUCUACAUUCGAGGCAGUCAUGUGCGAUUCUUCAUCGUCCCCGACAUGUUACGAAACGCGCCUAUGUUCAGAUCUCGGGGUACGAGGGGUCGCGGUGUGGGUUUGGCGAGAGGAAGGGCUACGGUCAAUCGGGCAAGAGCUGGAAGGAGAAACUAA